CUAAAAAACUAAAAAUAUGUCAAAUUCGAACGAGUAAAAAAACUUAAUGAAAAACGAUUUCUAACAAAUUUUUCCCCUUGGAAAAUGGAAGACGAAUUAGAUGAUAAAAUAAUCUAUCAAACGUACGUAUCCCAUAUGAAAAUAAUGUCACGUAUAGCAUGGGGUUUGCCGGUUAAUUUGUCCCCAUUAACUUGUGCUUCGUACUUGUGGAAAUUGUUAAAAAUCUACGUAUUAAAACCGGAAAUUUUUGUAUUUGGAUUGGUUGUGUUCGUUUUGGUAAUGUACGUACAAACUGUCCAACUAUGGAGUGCUAAUUUAUUAGGGCGCCUUCAAUACACAUUGGGGAAGACUGAGAAGUCCAGGAUUCAAAAGCUGAAUCUAUUCGCAAUAGGCGACGUUGAAAAAUCAAGUUGGGAAUUGAAGAAUGGUCCGGUUGCCGCUUAUGCAGUUCAGGGCCGACGUCCAAAAAUGGAAGAUAGAUUUGUUAUAAAUAAUGAUAUUAAUAAAACGGGUGUCUCAUUGUUUGCUGUUUUUGAUGGUCAUGGUGGCGAAUUUGCUGCAAAUUAUGCUAAAGAUAAACUCAUUCAAAAUUUACAUAAUAAAAUUGUUGAGAUUAAAGGAUUAAUUAAAGGGGAUCCAGUUAAAGUAGUAAAAAGUGAGGUUUGCGAGGAAGAAAAGAAAGAUCCUGAAAAACCUGUUACUCCAAAUUUACAAGAAAGGAGAAAAAGCUUUCGAAAAACUUCCUCAACAACCGAUGAAUGUAUAAAAGGUGCUAAAGAAAUUACCGAUCCUGAAUUAUUAAAUAAAUUAGACAACAUCCGACCAAUUUCUAGAGAAAUUAAACCUAGCAAAUUAGAAGUAUUAAAAAAAUCUAAACCAACUGAUUAUUUUGAUCGUUUUGGUACAAUUGAUUAUGCAAAAUUAAUAACCGAUGAAGUUUUAGCUGCCGAUCAAUUAUUGGUAGAAACAGCAAAAAAAUCUAUGGAUGUUGCUGGAACAACAGCUUUAAUAGCUAUUUUAGAAGGUUUCAAAUUAAUUGUAGGUAACGUUGGUGACUCCCGGGGUGUCAUGUGUGAUUCAAAGGGAAAUGCAAUUCCUUUAUCUUUCGAUCAUAAACCACAACAAAUGCGAGAACGUAAACGUAUUAAAGAAGCGGGCGGAUUUGUUAGUUUUAAUGGAGUAUGGCGAGUAGCUGGCAUUUUAGCAACUUCUCGUGCACUCGGCGAUUAUCCUUUAAAAGAUAAAAAAUUGGUUAUAGCAGACCCAGAUAUUUUAACUUUCGAUUUAUCGUAUCAUAAGCCACAAUUUGUUAUUUUAGCUUCAGACGGUUUAUGGGAUACAUUCUCGAAUGAAGAAGCUGUAGCGUUUGUUAAAGAACGAUUAAACGAGUCAGAUUUUGGCGCUAAAAGUAUUACAUUACAAUCGUUUUAUCGCGGGUCGUUGGAUAAUAUUAGUGUGAUUGUUAUUAAUUUUAAAGAUAAUUCGGUUUUGGAUGGUCAGAAUUAGGUUAAGUUACAUUUUUUGUAUUGUAUUUAAUAAAGAAAAAUUAAAUGGGAAUGUUCACUAUUUAGGUUUAAGAUUAUUUAAUUAUUUUGAGGCGGUGCCAAAGAAGACCAAGAUUAAUUAACUCGACCAUUAAAGAGGAUCACAUUUUUAAAACUAUGUUAAAGGGAUGAAGAGUAUUUUUAAUAUUAUAUACAAGGUUUGUUAUUUAUAUCUUUGUUGAGUUGUGAAUGUUUACCAUUGUAAAAGGGGGAAAAUAUAUUUCAUUCGAAAUUUA